AUGGCUGUGAGCAAGAGCGGGGAGCCCACCAUGAUCCGGAUGGCCGGAUCGCCUAUUCAGCCAUAUAUAAGGCGGCGACAGUCGCCCUGCGUGCACGCCUUUUUCCCGGCCGCCAACGCCCUUCACGUUCACGACCGCUCACUGUCCGCUGGACGGAUUUUCCUUUCUUUUCUUCUUCUUUAUUCUCUUUCUUUGGUCCAGCUAGCCUGCGACUGUCCGCCUUGA